CUCUCGGCUGCUGUCGAUAGAGCUGAUUUCUGUGCUGCUGUCGUCGUGCGCCUCGUCCUCUCCGUGUUGUUGUUCUCGGUGACGCGACGGAGGUGUAGCCUGACGCGGUCUCUUACGUGUCGGUCUGAAUAAAAGUGGAGCUCCGUGGACCCGGGAGUGACGAAGCGAGUGUGUGCUGAUUGUAAAUGAGCAUGGAGACUGGUGCAGAAACACAGCAGGGAGAAACUGCUGUUGCUGAGUCCGAAGCCCAACAAAUUACACUGACCCAGGCAUCCAUUGCAGCGGCUCAGGUUUCCUCCAGCAGUCCCACAGUGACCCUGGUGCAGUUACCCAACGGGCAGACGGUACAGGUGCACGGGGUCAUCCAAACCGCACAGCCAUCGGUCAUCCAGAGUCCACAAGUACAGACUGUUCAGAUUUCCACAGUUGCAGAAAGUGAGGAUUCGCAGGAGUCCGUAGACAGCGUGACCGAUUCUCAAAAACGACGGGAGAUCCUUUCGAGGCGCCCUUCAUACAGGAAAAUCUUGAACGACCUGUCAUCAGACGCUCCAGCAGUGCCUCGCAUCGAAGAGGAAAAAUCGGAGGACGACACUGCACCAGCCAUCACCACCGUCACCAUGCCCACACCCAUCUACCAGACCAGCAGCGGGCAGUACAUUGCCAUCACUCAGGGCGGGGCGAUCCAGCUCGCCAACAACGGCACAGACGGAGUCCAGGGCCUCCAGACCCUGACCAUGAACGCGGCCGGAGCCCAGCCAGGGGCCACCAUCCUGCAGUACGCCCAGACCAGCGACGGACAGCAGAUCCUCGUGCCCAGCAACCAGGUGGUCGUACAAGCGGCCUCCGGAGACGUGCAGGCGUAUCAGAUCCGCACGGCCCCCACCAGCACUAUCACUCCCGGGGUUGUGAUGGCAGCCUCCCCCGCUCUGGGAGGAAGCGGCACCGAGGAGGUCACACGCAAAAGAGAGGUCCGCCUUAUGAAGAACAGGGAGGCAGCUCGCGAGUGCCGCAGGAAGAAAAAGGAGUACGUAAAAUGCCUGGAGAACCGCGUUGCCGUGCUGGAGAACCAGAACAAAACCCUCAUCGAGGAACUGAAAGCGCUCAAAGACUUGUACUGCCACAAAUCGGAGUAGAGCCGGCGCCUGCAGAGGGCUUCGCAGGCGCCCGCCCUUACCCCUGUACAGAGCCCCUCCCACUUUUCUACUUUCUUUUUUUAAAAACUGCUCCGAAUAUCACAACACACACAAACACACACACACGUGCGCGCAUCAUGAUCUGGAAAUCUGUUCUCAUGUCUCCCCAUGUAAGAAGGGUGCGGUGAUGUUUGGAAGAGCAACAAAGGGACGACGCUGACUGCUGCCUGGGACACACGGACACAUCACCAGCCAUGGGGGACCGCCUACUCACCGUCAAGCACCACAUUCUCUCAACACGAGCUGUACUGUGUCACUAACGCUUCGACAGUAGGCCGGACAUUUUAUCUCUAAGCUGUGUUUCUCUUCUAUUACUUUUUUAAGUGCUUGCAUCACGCCAUCAAUGUUGUUAUUAUUUUUUUACUUAACUUGCCUUGAACAAACUUGUGAAACGUUGAGUUGUAAGAUGCUUCUUGAUGUCAACGCAGCUUUACAAAUAUUAGAGGGCUUUGAAAAUGGUUUGAAAAAAAAUGAAGAAAUGAAGAAAAAAAUCGAUUUCGUUUCCCAACAGCGCCGGGCUCAUUGCGUUUGGUUUUUAAAAACAUUUUAAGAUUUGUAAAAUAGUUGAGAGUUGUACAGUUUUCUAUUGAGAAGUUCUAUAUAGGAUCGAAAAAGGAAAGGCGCAUGUGUAAGAAAUUAACGAUUUACUUUGCACACUUUUUUAUCGCUAUCGGGAUGUUUUUAAAGCGGAAAACCAAACGCAACGAGCCGCGCCACGCUUCGAGAACUUGGGAGAAAAGUCAUUGCGAAAUAUUACAAAUCCCAUAUCAUAUUUGGCUCUCUGAUUUCUCGUAACAUCUGCACUUUUCUUGCAUAUACAAUCCUUAAACAUUUCACAUCAAUGGCAAAAAAAAUAUCUGCCAACUUUAUAAAGCUCGAAAAAUCCAUAUAUAGAUUUUUUUUGUAUAGAAUUAUUAUCAUGUUGCCUGGUUGCAUUUAAGAUUUUGUCCAUCUACGUCCCAAUAAGGUUAUGAAUUGCGACCAAAAUUAAGAGAAUGGGAAAGUAAACAGAUUGCCAUAUUGUAUUAUUUAGGUAUUGUAUAUUGCUUUUUACGUCGCUCUUCAUUAAUUUUGUAUGUUAUGUAUAAAACAGUACAUUGUUAGCGCAUCAAAUAUUACAUUUCUGGCAGCUGUUAAUAAACGUGUUUCUGGUAAA